UUAAUGAGUCAAAAUAAUUGACUCACCGAGGUUUGCUGGUCGAACCGCCUCAUCUCGAUUGGCAUGAGAGUUCAAACGCUCAAUCGUCUUCGUCUUCAAGAACCGGAUCAACCUGCAAAGCGCCGGGGCGAGCCCCGACGUAGACACUCUGACGCAGUCAAAAAACAAAUAUUUUGAUCAUGUAUUUUAAGUAAUCUUAAGAGCUUAGCUUUAGAAAAUGAACUUGGUCCUUUCUCAAUAAGUAAUCUUAAGAGCUUAGCUUUAGAAAAUGAACCUGGUCCUUUCUCAACAAUUCAGAAUUCUGAUAUCUUAAAUAACUGUGUGUCCAUAUACACCAACUUUCAUUAAUAUCUUUAACUAAUACCGUGUAUCAAAUAAAAUAGGCUCCAAUCUCCCUUGGACCGGCCUUAUCCGAGCUAACCGGUCAGGCCGGUCCACCGAGUUAAUUUCUGGUGCUACUAUCAUAUUCCCAGCAAGAAAAGUUUCAAUCAGCACUCGGUGAACGGAGUCCAAAAUCUUCAUAUUUUGCUGCCACGCAGCUGAUUCUAAAACUUGCCCUAGUUGUUACAAUUAGGGAUUCGUAUAAAAAAGGGUCGCCGUGAAAUAGUGUGAAUUCUCAAUGGAUAGCGGCGGCACGAACGCGAAUGGAUUGGAGCAGUCAUUGCAGGACGGCAAGCUUUAUCGCCAUGUCAAUGGUCUAAUCGUUGCCCAUCUACGUGACAACAAUUUCAAUCAGGCAGCAAGUGCAGUUGCCUCGGCUACAAUGACACCUUUGAAUUUUGAAGCACCUCCCAAUAAGCUCCUUGAAUUGGUUGGCAAGGUUUGUUCUAUUUGGGUUCUAAGUAGUCAACAGGGUCUUGCAAUGGAGAAAGAUGAGAUGCUGAGAGGAGUAUCUUCGACUACAUUAUUUGAUUCAGGCAUACCUACAGGAUAUGGCUCCAUACCUGCUCCGCGAGUUGUUUCAGUUGAUUUCAGGUGGGUCAAACAGUCAAUUUUUCCAUACAUACAUGAUGUUAAAGGAGCAUCAAAAAGUUUCCCGAAGCAUGAGUCUCGGCAUAUUUCCGACCACAAGAUUGUUGCCAGGUGCGCUAGGUUUAGUCCUGAUGGAAGAUUUCUUGCAACUGGAAGUGCUGACACAUCAAUAAAGCUGUUUGAGAUGUCAAAAGUCAAGCAGAUGGUGCUUUCAGAUGGAAGAGAUGGCCCUGUGCGCCCUGUGAUACGGACAUUUUAUGACCACCUGCAAAAAGUCAAAGGAUUCACAGGGUGCUUUUUGAAUGGCAGGUUCUUUGAUUUUUCAAAAACAGUUGCAAGAAAAGCAUUCAAAAUUAUUCAGGACACUCAUAAUGUGAGGUCUGUAUCAUUUCAUCCCUCUGGAGAAUUUCUUUUGGCAGGAACCGACCAUCCAAUUGCGCACUUGUAUGACGUUAAUACUUUCCAAUGCUAUCUAUCAGCAAAUAUUCAAGAAAUUAACAAUGGAGCCAUAAAUCAGGUCAGGUAUUCAUCGACUGGUGGCAUGUAUGUAACAGCUUCAAAAGAUGGUGCUAUACGAUUGUGGGACGGGGUAACUUCUCAGUGUGUCUGCUCGAUUCUUGGUGCUCAUGGAACAGCGGAAGCUACUAGUGCAAAUUUCAUGAAAGAUCAAAGUCUUAAAGCUUCUUAUUUGGUCCAAUUUAACGGUACAUUCUUUCCUUAUUGUAAAUCUCUGGAAUGUUGGGACAGGAAGAUUAGUCAAGCAAUAUCUUGGCGCCACACACACACAGUUGCGGUGCCAGUUGGCUUUCAAUUGCAGGCAGUGUUUAAUGAAACCGGGGAGUUUGUACUCUCUUUCGACGAAUCAAGCAAUGAGAUUGUCGUAUGGGAUGCACUAACGGCAGAGCAAGUGGCUAGAUGGCCUUCGAACCAUAUGGGCGGCCCUCGUUGGAUUGAACAGUCACCAGCAGAAGCAGCAUUCGUCACUUGUGGGGCCGACCGAUCGGUAAGUGAAAGAGUAUUUGCAGCACACCAUAGAGAGAGAAGAAAAGAAUCUAGGGUUUUUGUAUUAGAGAAAAUGAACCGAUAAAAUGUACAAGUGUGGUGAGACCCUUAUUUAUAGUUGGGGUCAACUAUGUAAAUAUUACAUAACUUGAGGACAUAAAUGUAAAGAUAUAAAAACAUAUAAAAAUCUAUACAUAUUCUAUUACCCCCCCUCAAGAUGAACAUGAAUGUUUUUCAAGUUCAUCUUGGAAGCUAAAGCAGAAAAUAGAGGAUUGCCAAGAGGCUUGGUUAGAAUGUCUGCUAUUUGCUCCUUGGAUGGUGUAUGCUGAAGUGAAAUGGUCCCUUUAGUGAGCUUUUCUCUAAUGAAGUGGCAAUCCAACUCAAUGUGUUUGGUCCUCUCAUGAAAAACAGGGUUAGUAGCAAUUGAAAUGGCAGCUUUACUAUCUGAGAAAAUGCAAACAGG